ACAUUGAGCUUUACAAUUAUCUUUGAAGAAAAUAAGAACAAAUUAAAGAGCAAUAUGGCAAUAAAAAACCAUGUUCGCUCUAAUAGUUUUCCUUCUCAAUCUCAUCCUAACUCCACUAGAAUAGAACAAGAGCUAAGCAAAAUCAAGACAUGGGAAACCACAUCAACAUCCACGUCUGAUUCAAUCACCAUUGGCCUUUCUUUGCUGGAAGAUUUGUAUAUUUCAUUGGAAGAUUUUCUCAAUAUGGCAUCGACACAAAAGGCCAUUUCUCGGCAUCAAGGUGAGAAUUUUGUGGAAGAGUUGUUGGAUGGUUCGGUGAAAAUUUUGGAUGUUUGUGGUAUUACAAGAGACACCAUGUUAGACAUUAAAGAAAAUGUUGAAGCCCUUCACUGUUCUCUUAGAAGAAGAAAGGGAGAUUCAAGCAUCGAAUCAAGUGUAGCCGAAUAUAACUUCUUCACAAAGAAGAUGAAGAAAAAUGUCAAAAAGUUGAUCACAUCUCUAAAACAAAUGGAAAGUAAAUUUGGAGCUUCCACACUUUUGAACCAAGAUCAAGAAGUCGUUUCUGUGAUAAGAGUUCUUAGAGAGGUUAUACUAAUGAACAUGUCUAUCUUUCAAUCCAUUUUGUCUUUCUUGGCUCCCAAGUCAAAGGCAACCAAAUGGUUGAAAAUGGCAAAGUUGAUGCAUAGGAGGACAUCAUCAUGUGAGGAGGAGAAUUUAAAUGAACUGCAGUGUGUGGAUGCAUCCUUAAGGACCCUUUUACGCGAAGGUUCUGAUGUUGUCAAGAUGCAGGUUGCACAUGAAUGUUUUGAAGCAUUGGAGAGUGCAACUGAAGGGCUAGAGAAAGGUUUGGAAAGUGUAUUUAGGUGUUUGGUUAAAACUAGAGUUUGUCUUUUGAACAUGACUCAAUAGUUUGUUGGGUCUUUAUUUUCUCCCCAAAGCAAAAGCAUCCAAAUUUUAAGGAUCUGCUGAGGAUUGAAAUUUUUGUUUGUGUAGAUACAUACAAUUCAAUAGUCACACAUUUCAAUCAAAUACAAUGAAAAUCUUAAAAUAAUUAUCACACUCUACUCAUCUCAUGUUUUUUUUUACCUAUGCACUUUAAACAGAUUACUCUCUACUCAUAUCAGAUAAGUUAUCUCGAGUAAAUCCUACCCAACAUUCCUUUUUUAUAUAGAACAAAGUAGAUAUUAACCAUUGAAUGAAAGUCUCCAAAACACAUCUAAUUCUGAUAAUUCCAAGAUACACCCAGAGAAACCUCAAUCUAAUAUGAGUAGCUAGCAAGAUACUGUUAUGGAAAGACAUCAGGGUAAUGUAUCACAAGUUUUUGUUUUAUGCCACAAAACCAUAACAUCAAGUGCCCAAAAUGCUAGAAAAAGAGAAAUAGCUAAU